AUGGGGGGGGUGGGGGGGGGUGAGAGCACAGAGAGGGGAAAUGGGACUGCUGUGUCAAUAUCACAACACCAGACCCUGUCUAGUCUGACACCUGGUGGAGGAGAGGAGAAUUACACCUCUUAUCGCCGUUUCCUGUUCCUCUCUGACUCUCUCAGGUUGACUUCACUGCUCAGAGCUGCCGUCAGCACCACAAUACCCCGUCUGGUCUGCCACCUGUUGGUCAACAGGAGCAUUACACAUCCCUCCAUUAUCGUUUCAUGUCUGUUUUUAUUCCCUCUCUCUGGUUGACUUCACAUCUUGAGAGACAGAGAGAGCAUCCAAGUGUUGUCUGAAGGAGAACAGAAUAGAGCAGGCUGUAUCUCUCCACCUAGUUGUUAACUCCUCUCCUCUGUCGAAGGGUUGUCUGAAGGAGAACAGAAUAGAGCAGGCUGUAUCUCUCCACCUAGUUGUUCACUCCUCUCCUCUGUUGAAGUGUUGUCUGAAGGAGAACAGAAUAGAGCAGGCUGUAUCUCUCCAUCUAGUUGUUAACUCCUCUCAUCUCCUCUGUAUCAGAUAAUCUUCCCAAAACGAAAGUCUCAUUUUCUCUUCUUUUCUCUUCACCCCUUCAAACACAGACAGACUGCAGCCCUGAGCUUCUAAGUAAAGCUUUAUUUUUAGUGUGUGUGUGUGUGUGUGUGUGUGUGUGUGUGUGUGUGUGUGUGUGUAUAAAGCACAGCCCUAAUAAAAUGAGGGCUUUUCAUGUCCUGGAUUCCAUAUUUUGUCUAGAUUAAGGGAUUACAGUUUCUUCCAAGCAUAUUAAUUGGAUUUUCCUGGAGCUGUUGUUUUUCUUGCUAGCAGGUGUUUUACACAGCUAUCUAGUACAGUUUAUCAACUGUCAUUUGUUUGCUCAAAUCAGUGCACUAUAAAGGGAAUUUGGGACUCGCACAUAUCCACAGCCAACUAUGUGAGCUGAGCCAAGCUAGAUCUAAAGUAGUGCACUAUAUAGGGAAUAGGGUGCACUUUGGGACGCACCCAUGCAGACAAUUGUUAAGGACUUUGACAGUUCUCCUUCAGAGCUGAUUCUCCUCAGGUGUAGAUGUGUCUCUACAUGUUUGUGUAUGCGUGUGCGUGUGUUGCCCAGGUGCUCAGCUCGUCACGUCUUAAGUAGAGCAUUCAGUGGAGCAUCAAAGAACAAUGCAAAUAGUCCGGGUGGCCAUUUGAUUAGCUGUUCAGGAGUCUUAUGGCUUUGGGGUAGAAGUUGUUAAGAAGCCUUUUGGACCUAGGCUUGGCGCUCCGGUACCGCUUGCCGUGCGGUAGCAGAGAGAACAGUCUAUGACUAGGGUGGCUGGAGUCUUUGACCAUUUUUAGGGCCUUCCUCUGACACCGCCCUGGUAUAGAGGUCCUGGAUGGCAGGAUGCUUGGUCCCAGUGAUGUACUGGGCCGUACGCACUACCCUCUGUAAUGCCUUGCAGUCGGAGGCCGAGCAGUUGCCAUACCAGGCGGUGAUGCAACCAGUCAGGAUGCUCUCGAUGGUGCAGCUGUAUAACUUUUUGAGGAUCUGAGGACCCAUGCCAAAUCGUUACCUUGGUGUUCUUGGGCACAGGGACUAUGGUGGUCUGCUUGAAACAUGUUGGUAUUACAGACUCAGUCAGGGAGAGGUUGAAAAUGUCAGUGAAGACACUUGCCAGUUGGUCCAGCGCAUGCUCGGAGUACACGUCCUGGUAAUCCGUCUGGCCCUGCGGCCUUGUGAAUAUUGACCUGUUUAAAGGUCUUACUCACAUCGGCUACGGAGAGCAUGAUCACAGUCGUCCGGAACAGCUGAUGCUCUCAUGCGUGCUUCAGUGUUGCUUGUCUCGAAGCGAGCAUAGAAGUAAUUUAGCUCGUCUGGAGGUCAUGUGUCACUGGGCAGCUCGUGGCUGUGCUUCCCUUUGUAGUCUGUAAUAGUUUUCAAGCCCUGCCACAUCCAACGAGCGUCAGAGCCGGUGUAGUACGAUUCAAUCUUAGUCCUGUAUUGACUCUUUGCCUGUUUGAUGGUUCGUCGGAGGGCAUAGCGGGAUUUCUUAUAGGCGUCCGGGUUAGAGUCCCGCUCCUUGAAAGCGGCAGCUCUACCCUUUAGCUCAGUGCUGAUCGUGCCUGUAAUCCAUGGCUUCUGGUUGGGGUAUGUACGUACGGUCACUGUGGGGACGACGUCAUCGAUGCACUUAUUGAUGAAGUCAGUAUGUCAUCUGUAUUGAGAUACUUAAAAGAAGGAUGCAAACAGAUUUUUUGUAAUAACUACAUAUUGGUGGUGCCCCGCUUUAGAUCAAAUCAACUCCCAACCUGACCCCCCCCCCCUUUCAUCUUCCUCUCUCUUUUGAUCUCUCCCCCCCACCCCCUCCCUUAUAGAUGCGUCAGGGUGCGUUCCUGGUGAAUGCAGCACGGGGAGGGCUGGUGGAUGAGAAGGCCCUGGCUCAGGCGCUGAAGGAGGGGAGGAUACGUGGCGCUGCCCUGGACGUGCACGAGACAGAACCGUUCAGGUGAGACACACACACACAUAAGUGGACGUCCACUAGACAGAACCGUUCAGGUGAGACACACAGUGGAUGAGGAUAUGGUUUCACCUGGCAGCAACACCCCCUACCGGCUCAGUAUAGUUUCACCUGGCAGCAACUCCCCCUACCAGCUCAGUAUAGUUUCACAUGGCAGCAACACCCCCUACCAGCUCAGUAUAGUUUCACCUGGCAGCAACACCCCCUACCAGCUCAGUAUAGUUUCACCUGGCAGCAACACUCCCUACCAGCUCAGUAUAGUUUCACCUGGCAGCAACUCCCCCUACCAGCUCGCGGCUGUGCUUCCUUUUGUAGUCUGUAAUAGUUUUCAAGCCCUGCCACAUCCGACGAGCGUCGGAGCCGGUGUAGUACGAUUCAAUCUUAGUCCUGUAUUGACUCUUUGCCUGUUUGAUGGUUCGUCGGAGGGCAUAGCGGGAUUUCUUAUAAGCAUCCGGGUUAGAGUCCCGCUCUUUGAAAGCGGCAGCUCUACCCUUUAGCUCAGUGCGGAUGUUGCCUGUAAUCCAUGGCUUCUGGUUGGGAUAUGUACGUACGGUCACUGUGGGGACGACGUCAUCGAUGCACUUAUUGAUGAAGCCAGUGACUGAUGUGGUGUACUCCUCAAUGCCAUCGGAUGAAUCCCGAAACAUAUUCCAGUCUGUGCUAGCAAAACAGUCCUGUAGCUUAGCAUCUGCCUCAUCUGACCACUUUUUUAUUGACUGAGUCACUGGUACUUCCUGCUUUAGUUUUUGCUUAUAAACAGGAAUCAGGAGGAUAGAGUUAUGGUCAGAUUUGCCAAAUGGAGGACGAGGGAGAGCUUUGUACGCGUCUCUGUGUAUGGAGUAAAGGUGGUCUAGAGUUUUUUUUCCUCUGGUUGCACAUUUAACAUGCUGGUAGAAAUUAGGUAGAACGGAUUUAAGUUUCCCUGCAUUAAAGUCCCCGGCCACUAGGAGCGCUGCCUCUGGAUGAGCGUUUUCCUGUUUACUUAUAGCCUUCACACAUCAACAAGACGUCAACAGAGGAGUGUUUGAUGACUUGUAAUCCCACACUACAGUAACUCACAUCAGUGACACCUUCACACACAACGUAGGACCAGGGCACGGAGAGUGAGUGAGUAGGGAGGAUUGAGAGAAGAAGAAGGAGAGGAAGUCUCAGCAUCUGUUAUCAGGGAUGGAGAGGAGAGAGAGAAUGAGUAGAAGUAUGAGCAGUAGGAGAGAGAUGAGGAGAGGAUAAGAAGAGAUGCGAGAUGAGGAGGAGGAGAGGAAGGAGAUUAAAAAAAAAAAAAAAGGGGGGGGGGGGGGGGGGGCUUUUUUUGGGUUUUUAAAAAAUUUUAAACCCUUAAAAACCAAGGGCGGGCCGGUGUUUUUUUUUUUUUUAAAAAUAAAAUUUUGAUUUUCUUUGGGGGGAAAAAGGUCCUGUGGGGGAGUGUUUGAUUUUUUGGGGGCCCUAAUGUGGUAUUAAAGACGGAUUUAAUCCCAAAUUAUCCCGGGACAAAACGUCCCCGUAGUUUUCGGGUCUUACCCUUCAUUACGAGUCACGGUGUUUUUGUUUUUUUCAAAACAGGAAUAGGGGAAAUUACAAUUGGGCCGGAGGAGAGGGGAGUUUUUUUGGCCGGGGAGGAGAAGGGGGGUUUUUUUCCCCCGGGUUAAAUUUAAAAGGGGGGGGUAAAAUUUUUUAGUUUUGAAAUUUUUUUUUUUUUUUUUUUUUUUUUUUUUCUUUUUCCCCGGCCCCUGGGCCGCCUCUUUGCGGGUUUUUUUGCCUUUCCCCUCCGGUCCGGGGGUUUUUGCGUCCCCUCGUUCUCCGGCCUCCCCCGGGGGGGCCGGGGGGGGGGGGGGAGGCGAGGGGGGGGGGCCCGCUCUUUCGGGGGGGGGGAGGGGGGGGGGGAAAAAGGGGGGGGGGGGGGGGGGGGGGGGGUGGGAAUAAAAGGGGGGGGGGGUUGGGGGUUUAAAAAUAAGGGGGUAGGGGAGAAAAGGGAUUUUUGGGGGGGGGGUUAAAAAGGGGGGGGGGGAAAUGGGGGGGGGAAAAGGGGGGGGGGGAAAAAGGGGGGCCCCCCCAAAAUUUUUAAAAAAAAAAAAAAAAAAAAAAAAAAGGGGGGGGGGGGGGGGGGGGGGGGGGGGGGAAAAAAAAAAAAAAAAAAAAAAAAAAAAGGGGGGAAGGGCCCCGGGGGAAGGAAAAAAAAUGAUGAAAAAGGGUAGGAAGGGGUUGAGAGGGGGGGGAGUUAGGGGAAAGGGGGGGAGGGGAAGGGAAAAGUGGGGGAAAGGGUAGGGGGGGAAAAAAGAAGGGGGGGGGGGAAUAUGCUGGUUCUUCCCUUUGAGUCUGUAAUAGUUUCAAGCCCUGCCACAAAUCCGACGAGCGUCAAAGAGCCAUGUAGUACGAUUCAAUCUUAGCCCCUGUAAUUGACUCUUUGCCUGUUUGAUGGUUCUCGGAGGGCAUAGCGGGAAUUUCCUUAUGGCGUCCCGUGUUAGAGGCCCCUCCUUGAAAGCGGCCGCUCUACCCUUUAGCUCAGUGAGCUGAUCGUGCUGUAAUCCGAUGGCUUCUGUUGGGGUAUGUACGUACGGUCCCACUUUGGGCGACGUCAUCGAUGCACUUAUUGAAUGAAGUCAGUAUGUCAUCUGGUAUUGAGAUACUUAAAAGAAGGAUGCAAACAGAUUUUUUGUAAUAACUACAUAUUGGUGGUGCCCGCUUUAGAUCAAUCACUCCCAACUGACCCCCCCCCCCUUUCAUCUUCUCUCUCUUUUGAAUCUCUCCCCCCACCCCCUCCCUUAUAUACCGUCCAGGGUGCGUUCCCCCUGGUGAAUGCAGCACUGGGAGGCUGGUGGAUGAGAAUGCCCUGGCUCAGGCGCCUGAGGAGGGAGGAUACGUGGCGCUGCCUGGAGUGCACGAGACAGAAACCGUUCAGGGAGAACACACACACAUAAGUGGGACGUCCACUAACAUCACCGUUCAGGUGGGACACCCAGUGGAUGAGUAUAUGGUUUUCACCUGGCAGCAACACCCCCGAACACCACCUACCCGCUCAGUAUAGUUCACCUGUCAGCAACUCCCCCUACCAGCUCAGUAUAUUUACAUGGCUCAACACCCCUACCAGCCAGUAUCAGUUGUCACCUGGCAUCAACACCCCCUACCAGCCCUCAGUUAUAGUUUCACCUGGCACACCACUCCCUACCACUCAGGUAUAGUUUUUCCACCUGGCAGCACUUCUCCCCUACCGCUCGGCGGCUUGUGCUUUCCUUUUUUAGUCUGUAAUGUUUCCAGCCCUGCACAUCCACGAGCGUCGGAGGCCGGUGUAGUACGAUUCAAUCUUAGUCCUGUAUUGACUCUUUGCCUGUUUUGAUGGUCGUCGGAGGGCAUAGCGGAUUUCUUAUAAGCAUCCUGGUUAGAGUCCCUCUCGUUGUGAAAGCGGCAGCUUCUAAAACCCUUUAGCUCGUGCGGAUGUUUUCCCUGUAAUCCAUGGCUUCUGGUUUGGUGGUGUUACGUACGUCCCUGUGGGGACGACGUCAUCGAUGUCACUUAUUGAUGAAGCCAGUGACUGAUUUGGGUGUACUCCUCAAUGCCAUCGAUUAAUCCCGAAACAUAUCCCUCUGUUGCCUAGCAACAGUCCGUAGCUUAGCAUCUGCCUCAUCUGACCACUUUGUUAUUGCUGAGUCACUGUACUUUGCCCCUGCUUUAGUUAGUUUUUGCUUUAAACAGGAAUCAGGAGGAUAGAGUAUAUGGUCAGAUUUUGCCAAAUGGCGGGAACAGGGAGAGCUUGUACGCAUCUCUGUGUGUGGAGUAAAGGUGGUCUAGAGUUUUUCUUUCCUCUGUUGCACUUUAAAUGCUGGUAAAUUAGGUAAACGGAUUUAAGUUUCCCUGCAUUAAAGUCCCCGCCACUAGGAGCGCUUCCUCUGGAUGAGGUUUUUCCUGUUUAACUUAUAGCCUUCACACAUCACCAAGACGUCAACAGAGGAUGUUUUGAUGACUUGUAAUCCCACCUACAGUACUCCCAGCAGUGACACCUCACCACAAACGUAGGACAGGGCACGAUGAGUGAGUGAGUAGGGAUGAUGAGAGAAUAAGAGGAGAGGAAGUCUCGCAUCUUUUAUCAGGGAUGGAGAAGAGGAGAUGAAGGGAAGGAGAUUGAUAUGAUGAGGGGGGGUACAAGACACCAGCCAGGUGCAACCUUAUUAUGACGCUAAUGUCUUCAUAUGCUAUUAAGAGAGUAGAUGAGGAGAUUCCAGAGCAUUCUCAUGAUUAGAGUUCAUUCAUAGUCAAGAUGAUAUCGGAGCUGAGGACUAUUAUAUCAAGAGAAUGAUUUAAGAGAGGCGAUGAGUCAUCGGCGCUUCUUCUCGUCGCUUCCCUCCUGCCCGCUCGUUCUCAUGCGUCUCUUCGCUUCCUCUCUUCUCUUCGUGUCUCUCUUCCUGCGGCGCGUCGCUGCGCGCGGCCGUCGUCUCCUGCUCUGCUGUGCGCCUGCGUGGCUCGUGCCACUCUUGCUGCGCUGCGGCCGCGUCCUGCGGCGCUUCUCGCGGCCUGCUCGCGGCGCUCUUCGCGGCUCCUUGCUGCGCUGCGCUGCGGCUCGGCGCGCUGCGCUGCGGCCCGGCUCUGCUGCCUUCGGCUCGGCGCUUCCGCUCGCGCUGCGGCGCUUCCGCGCGGCUCCUGCGCGCGGCGCCUGCGGCUCGGCGCGAGCUGCGCUGCGCUGCGGCGAGCACGGUGAGCCUGGGGCCAGUGAACGUUCCUGCUCUGCUGCUCGGGAUCUGCAUGCGAGGCGCUUCCUCGCGGCGCUGGGCCCGUGCGCUUUCCGCGCGGCGCUGCUUCGCGCGCUGCGCAACAGCCCAGACACCACAAGGAUAUGCUUGAGGCUUCUUCGCUUCGCUUCCGCCGGCUCUUCCCCUUCUCUGCCUGCCUUGCGGCGGCCUUCCGAGGCCUCCUUGGGGGCCCUGAAAGGAAUGAUGGGGUCUUACACUUGUUCCCUCUCUCCCUCCCCCCCUCUCUUCUCCCUCUCCCCUCCCCACCCUCUCCUCUCUCUCUCUCCUCUCUCUCUCUCUCUCCUCUCAUUCUCUCUCUCUCUCCUCUCCUCUCCUCUCUCUCUCCUCUCCUCUCUCUCCCUCUCCUCUCCCCUCUCCCUCUCUCCCUCCCCCCCACCCUCCCCUCUCCUCUCUCCCCACCCUCCCCUCUCUCUCCUCCCGCGCCCCCAACCCUCUCCCUCUCUCCCCCCUCCACCCUCCCCUCCUCUCUCCCCCCCAACCCUCCCCUCCUCUCCUCUCCCCCCCCCAACCCUCCCCUCUCUCUCGUCUCUCUACCCACAACUCCUCCCCUUCUCUCUUACCCCCCCCGCCCCCACUACCCCCCAACCUACCGCCCGCACCCGCCCUCCCCAACCCUCCCCCCUCUCCCUCUACCCUCCCCAACCCUCCCUCUCCUCCGCCUCUCUCUCCCCUCUCUCCUUCUUCCCGCCCCCCCCCUCUCCUCUCUUCUCCCCCCCCAACCCCUCCCCUCUCUCUAACCUAACCCCCCAACACCUCCCUCUCCCUCUACCCCCACCCCUCCCUCUCUCUCUCUCCCCCCCCCCUCCCCUCUCUCUCUUCCCCCCCACCCUCCCUCUCCUCUCUCUCCUCCCCACUCUCCCCUCUCCUCCCCCAACCCUCGACCCUCGCUUCUCCCCCAACCCCCCCUCUCUCCCCUCCCCCACCCUCCCCUCUCUCUCCCCCAACCCUCCCCUCUCCUCCUCCCCCCCAACCCUCCCCUCUCUCUCUGCCACAAACCCUCCCCCUCCUCUCUACCCUACCUCUCCUCUCUCUCUUCGUCCCCUCUCUCCUCAUACCGCUCUACCCCCAACCUCCCCUCUCCCUCUCCCCCCACCCUCCCUCUCUCUCCUCUCCUUCCCCAACAACCCUCCCUCUCUCUCCUCCCCUCUCUCCCCCCCCUACCCUCCCCUCUCUCUUCCCCCCCCAGCCCUUCCCUUCCCCUCGCUCCCCUCCCCCCCAACCUCUCUCUUCUCUCUUCUCUCUCUCUUCCUUCCCUCCCCCCAUCCUCCCUCUCUCUCUCUCUCCUUCCCCUCUCCCCCAACCCCUCCCCUUCUCUCUCCUCCCCUCUCCUCCCCCCUAACCAUGCCUCUCUCCUCGCUCCGCGCUCCUCCCUCCCCCCCCAAACCUCCCCUCUCUCUCUUCCUCUUCCCCCCUCCUCUCUCUACCCCCCCCAACAACCCUCCUCGCGCCCCCCCCCGCUCCCUCGCUCCCUCCCCCCCAACCCUCUCUCCUCCCCCCCACCCUCCCUCUCUCUCUUCCUUCCCCACCAUCCCUCCCUCUCUCCUCUCUCUCCCCCCCAACCUCCCCCUCUCUCCUCUCCUCUCUCUUCUCUGCCCUCUCUCCCCCAACCCUCCCUCCCCUCUUCUCUCCUCUCUCUAGUUUUGCUACAGCCCCCUCUGAGGUGCCUCCCAACCUGAUCUGUACACCACACACAGCCUGGUACAGUGAACAGGCUUCUCUAGAAAUGAGAGAGUCAGCUUGGCCCACCUAGAGCCGCAGAGCCAUCACGCGGUACGGCCUGUUCGCCUUUCCCCAGCACCUCACUUGUCAGGGACCAUGCACAACAAGUAUUGCACCCCAUUUUUUGCUACAUAGCUCAUUUUCAUUUGCAGUACUAUAACGUAAGGCCGGGAUUCAAUUCAUGUCGUGUUGUACAGCAAUGUCGACAAGGCGCCCUUUUAAAGACAACGUUCUCACGUUCACAUUGAAAGUAAACGCUGCAGAUGUCACCUCGGGUUGAAUCCCGUCCUUAUUAUCCAGAAUUACAUCGCUGUCUGGAGGUGCAUUAGUUCAGGCGGGUUGAAUCCCGUCCUUAUUAUCCAGAAUAACAUCGCUGUCUGGAGGUGCAUUUAGUUCAAGCGGGUUGAAUCCCGUCCUUAUUAUCCAGAAUAACACCUGUCUGGCGGUGCAUUUAGUUCAAGCGGGUUGAAUCCCGUCCUUAUUAUCCAGAAUAACAUCGCUGUCUGGAGGUGCAUUUAGUUCAAGCGGGUUGAAUCCCGUCCUUAUUAUCCAGAAUAACAUCGCUGUCGGGAGGUGCAUUUUAGUUCAAGCGGGUUGAAAUCCGCCUUAUUAUCCAGAUACAUCGCUCUCUGGAGUGCAUUUAGUUCAAUCGGUUGAAUCCCCGUCCUUAUUAUCCAGAUAACAUCGCUCCUGUAGUGCAUUUAGUUCAAGCGGGUUGAAUCCCGUCCUUAUUAUCCAGAAUAACAUCGCUCUCUGGAGGUGCAUUUAGUUCAAGCGGGUUGAAUCCCGUCCUUAUUAUCCAGAAUAACAUCGCUGUCUGGAGGUGCAUUUAGUUCAAGCGGGUUGAAUCCCGUCCUUAUUAUCCAGAAUAACAUCGCUCUCUGGAGGUGCAUUUAGUUCAGGCGGGUUGAAUCCCGUCCUUAUUAUCCAGAAUAACUCGCUCUCCUUGAGGGCUUUAGUUCAAGCGGGUUAAUCCCGUCCUUAUUAUCCAGAAUAACAUCGCUGUCUGGAGGGGCAUUUAGUCAACGGGUUUUAAUCCCCUCCUUUUAUCCAGAAUAACAUCGCUCUCUGGAGGUGCAUUUAGUUCAGGCGUCCCUAACGGUCCUUUUCUAGGGUCCCUCUCCACACAGUUCACCCUGUAUCUAUACGCUCUCCCCCUCCCCUCUCCCCCCUCCCCCCCUCCCCCCCCCCCCCCUCUCCCCUCUCCCAUCUCCCCCUCCCCUUCCCCUCUCCCCUCCCCCCAUUUCCCCCUCCCCUCUCCCAUCCCCCCCCCCCCUCCCCCUCCCCCCCUCCCCCCUCUCCCCCUCCCCCCCCUCCCCCUCCUCUCCCCUCCUCCCAUUCCCCUCUCCCUCUCCCUCUCCCCCCCCCUCUCCCCCCCUCUCCCUCUCCCCUCUCCCUCUUCCCCUCUCCCCCCUCUCCCUCCCCCUCUCCCCCUCUCCCCCCCUCUCCCCCCUCCCCUCCCCUCUCCCCCUCCCCCCCCACCCCUCUUCCCCCCCUCUUUCCCCUUUUCCCCCCCCCUUCCCCUCUCCCCUCUCCCCUCCCCCCCUCCCCCUCCCCUCCCCCUCUCCCCUCUCUCCCCCCUCCCCCUCUCCCUCUCCCCUUCCCCCCUCCCCCCUUCCCCUUCCCUCUCCCCCUCUCCCCCUCUCCCAUCCCCCUCCCCCCCUCCCUCCCCUCCCCCUCCCCCCUCCCCCUCUCCCCCCCCCCUCUCCCCCCCCCCCCCCUUCCCCCCCCUCCCCCUUCCCCCCCCCCUCCCCCCCCCCAUCCCCCUCUCCCCUCUCCCCCCUCCCCUUCCCCCCCUCCCCCCCUCCCCUCUCCCCUCUCCCCCUCCCCCUCCCCUCCCCCCUUCCCUCCCUCUCCCCCCCCCUCUCCCUCUCCCCCUCUCCCCUCUCCCUCUCCCCUCUCCCCCCCCUCCCCUCCCCCUCUCCCCCCCAUCCCCCUCCCCUCCCUCCCCCCCCCCCUCCCCCUCUCCCCUCUCCCUCUCCCCCUCCUCCCCCCUCUCCCCUCUCCCCCUUCCCCUCUCCCCCCCCUCCCCCUCCCAUCUCCCCUCUCCCCUCUCCCCUCUCCCCCUCCCCCCUCCCCCCCCCCUCUCCCCUCUCCCCUCUCCCUCUCCCCCUCUCCCAUCUCCCCUCUCCCCUCUCCCCUCUCCCCUCUCCCUCUCUCCUCCCCAUCCCCCUCUCCCCUCUCGCCUCUCCUUCCCCUCUCCUCCCCCCCUCCCUCUCCCCUCUCCCCUCUCCCCUCUCCCCUCUCCCAUCCCUAUCCCUUCCCCCUCUCCCCCUCUCCCCUCUCCCAUCUCCCCUCUCCCAUCUCUCUUCUCCCCUCUCCCCUCUCCCCUCUCCCAAUUGUCCCAUUUCCAUUUCAAUAGGUCCUGCACAGGCGUUAUUAAAUCUGGAGUUGGCCGUGGGCGCGUCCCAAAUGGCACCCUAUUCCCUAUAUAGUGCACUACUUUUAACCAGAGUUCAUGGCAAAAGUAGUGCACUAUAUAGGGAAUAGGGUGCCGUUUGGGAUGCAUCCUAUGCCUCCCAGAUAACAUCCACAUUGUUAAAUGAUGUUAAUUAGUGAUUGUGUAGCCAGGCCAUAUAUGUUUGUGAGGCACAUAGCUAACAUCUUCAUCCUCCUGUAUCACUCAUUAGCACAUAGCUAACAUCUUCAUCCUCCUGUAUCACUCAUUAGCACAUAGCUAACAUCUUCAUCCUCCUUUAUCACUCAUUAGCACAUAGCUAAGAUCUUCAUCCUCCUGUAUCACUCAUUAGCACAUAGCUAACAACUUCAUCCUCCUUUAUCACUCAUUAGCACAUAGCUAACAUUUUCAUCCUCCUUUAUCACUCAUUAGCACAUAGCUAACAUCUUCAUCCUCCUUUAUCACUCAUUAGCACAUAGCUAACAUUUUCAUCCUCCUUUAUCACUCAUUAGCACAUAGCUAACAUCUUCAUCCUCCUUUAUCACUCAUUAGCACAUAGCUAACAUCUUCAUCCUCCUUUAUCACUCAUUAGCACAUAGCUAACAUCUUCAUCCUCCUUUAUCACUCAUUAGCACAUAGCUAACAUCUUCAUCCUCCUUUAUCACUCAUUAGCACAUAGCUAACAUCUUCAUCCUCCUUUAUCCCUCAUUAGCACAUAGCUAACAUCUUCAUCCUCCUUUAUCACUCAUUAGCACAUAGCUAACAUCUUCAUCCUCCUUUAUCACUCAUUAGCACAUAGCUAACAUCUUCAUCCUCCUUUAUCACUCCACAAGUUAUGGCUUCAGUUAGUCUGUGCUCUGUAUUAGAACUAGCCCUCUGUCUCCCCUCUUUACAUCUCCCCCCCCUCUCUAUCGCAGGCCGCAUCCCUGACAGCCUAAGAAACUGUGUGAACAAGGAGUUCUUUGUGACCACAGGACCGUGGGCAGUAAUGGACCAGCAAGGUGUCCACCCAGAGCUCAAUGGCACUGCCUACAGGUAGGCUGAGGAAGCACAGCGACAAGUGUGACAUCUACUGUGUGUGUGUGUGUUUGCUUCAGCAUUCUCCCUUUAGUAACAGGGUCUAGUAACAGGGUCUAGUAACAGGCUCUAGUAACAGGACAGCUCUAGUAACAGGGUCUAGUAACAGGACAGCUCUAGUAACAGGACAGCUCUAGUAACAGGACAGCUCUAGUAACAGGACAGGUCUAGUAACAGGACAGCUCUAGUAACAGGACAGCUCUACUAACAGGACAGCUCUAGUAACAGGACAGCUCUACUAACAGGACAGCUCUAGUAACAGGACAGCUCUAGUAACAGGACAGCUCUAGUAACAGGACAGCUCUAGUAACAGGACAGCUCUAGUAACAGGACAGCUCUACUAACAGGACAGCUCUAGUAACAGGACAGCUCUAGUAACAGGACAGGUCUAGUAACAGGACAGCUCUAGUAACAGGACAGCUCUACUAACAGGACAGCUCUAGUAACAGGACAGCUCUACUAACAGGACAGCUCUAGUAACAGGACAGCUCUAGUAACAGGACAGCUCUACUAACAGGACAGCUCUAGUAACAGGACAGCUCUAGUAACAGGACAGCUCUACUAACAGGACAGCUCUAGUAACAGGACAGCUCUAGUAACAGGACAGCUCUAGUAACAGGGUCUAGUAACAGGACAGCUCUAGUAACAGGGUCUAGUAACAGGGUCUAGUAACAGGACAGCUCUAGUAACAGGACAGCUCUAGUAACAGGACAGCUCUAGUAACAGGACAGCUCUAGUAACAGGACAGCUCUAGUAACAGGACAGCUCUAGUAACAGGACGGCUCUAGUAACAGGGUCUAGUAACAGGGUCUAGUAACAGGACAGCUCUAGUAACAGGACAGCUCUAGUAACAGGACAGCUCUAGUAACAGGACAGCUCUAAUAACAGGACAGCUCUAGUAACAGGACAGCUCUAGUAACAGGACAGCUCUAGUAACAGGGUCUAGUAACAGGACAGCUCUAGUAACAGGACAGCUCUAGUAACAGGACAGCUCUAGUAACAGGACAGCUCUAGUAACAGGACAGCUCUACUAACAGGACAGCUCUAGUAACAGGGUCUAGUAACAGGACAGCUCUAGUAACAGGACAGCUCUAGUAACAGGACAGCUCUAGUAACAGGACAGGUCUAGUAACAGGACAGCUCUACUAACAGGACAGCUCUACUAACAGGACAGCUCUACUAACAGGACAGCUCUAGUAACAGGACAGCUCUACUAACAGGACAGGUCUAGUAACAGGACAGCUCUAGUAACAGGACAGCUCUAGUAACAGGACAGCUCUAGUAACAGGACAGCUCUAGUAACAGGACAGCUCUAGUAACAGGACAGCUCUAGUAACAGGACAGCUCUACUAACAGGACAGCUCUAGUAGCAGGACAGCUCUACUAACAGGACAGCUCUAGUAACAGGGUCUAGUAACAGGGUCUAUGUACAGGAAGCUCUAGUAACAGGACAGCUCUAGUAACAGGACAGCUCUAGUAACAGGACAGCUCUAGUAACAGCGGUCUAGUAACAGGACCAGCUCUAGUAACAGGACAGCGCUACUAACAGGACAGCUCUAGUAACAGGACAGCUUAGUAACAGGGACGCUCUAGUAACAGGGUCUAGUAACAGGACACUUCUAGUAAACAGGACAGCUCUACUAACAGGACAGCUCUACUAACAGGACAGCUCUAUUAACAGAAUAGCUCUAGUAACAGGACAGCUCUAGUAACAGGGUCUAGUAACAGGACAGCUCUAGUAACAGGACAGCUCUAGUAACAGGACAGCUCUAGUAGGAACAGGGAAGCUCUAGUAACAGGUUAGAACAGGACAGAUCUAGUAACAGGACAGCUCUAGUAACAGGGUCUAGUAAAGGACAGCUUAGUAACAGGGUCUAGUAACAGGACAGCUCUAGUAACAGGGUUCUAGUAACAGGACAGCUCUAGUAACAGGACAGCUUAGUAACAGGACAGCUCUAGUAACAGGACAGGUCUGAGUAACAGGACAGCUCUACUAACAGGACAGCUCUACUAACAGGACAGCUCUAGUAACAGGACAGCUCUACUAACAGGAGAGCUCUAGUAACAGGACAGGUCUAGUAACAGGACAGCUCUAGUAACAGGACAGCUCUAGUAACAGGACAGCUCUAGUAACAGGACAGCUCUAGUAACAGGACAGCUCUAGUAUCAGGACAGCUCUACUAACAGGACAGCUCUAGUAGCAGGACAGCUCUACUAACAGGACAGCUCUACUAACAGGGUCUAGUAACAGGGUCUAGUAACAGGACAGCUCUAGUAACAGGACAGCUCUAGUAACAGGACAGCUCUAGUAACAGGACAGCUCUAGUAACAGGGUCUAGUAACAGGACAGCUCUAGUAACAGGACAGCGCUACUAACAGGACAGCUCUAGUAACAGGACAGCUCUAGUAACAGGACAGCUCUAGUAACAGGGUCUAGUAACAGGACAGCUCUAGUAACAGGACAGCUCUACUAACAGGACAGCUCUAGUAACAGGACAGCUCUAUUAACAGGACAGCUCUAGUAACAGGACAGCUCUAGUAACAGGGUCUAGUAACAGGACAGCUCUAGUAACAGGACAGCUCUAGUAACAGGACAGCUCUAGUAACAGGACAGGUCUAGUAACAGGACAGCUCUACUAACAGGACAGCUCUACUAACAGGACAGCUCUACUAACAGGACAGCUCUAGUAACAGGACAGCUCUACUAACAGGACAGCUCUAGUAACAGGACAGCUCUACUAACAGGGUCUAGUAACAGGACAGCUCUAGUAAUAGGACAGCUCUAGUAACAGGACAGCUCUAGUAACAGGGUCUAGUAACAGGGUCUAGUAACAGGACAGCUCUACUAACAGGACAGCUCUAGUAACAGGGUCUAGUAACAGGACAGCUCUAGUAACAGGACAGCUCUACUAACAGGACAGCUCUACUAACAGGACAGCUCUAGUAACAGGACAGCUCUACUAACAGGACAGCUCUAGUAACAGGGUCUAGUAACAGGACAGCUCUAGUAACAGGACAGCUCUACUAACAGGACAGCUCUUCUAACAGGACAGCUCUACUAACAGGACAGCUCUAGUAACAGGACAGCUCUAGUAACAGGACAGCUCUAGUAACAGGACAGCUCUAGUAACAGGGUCUAGUAACAGGACAGCUCUACUAACAGGACAGCUCUACUAACAGGACAGCUCUAGUAACAGGACAGCUCUACUAACAGGACAGCUCUAGUAACAGGACAGCUCUAGUAACAGGGUCUAGUAACAGGGUCUAGUAACAGGACAGCUCUAGUAACAGGACAGCUCUAGUAACAGGACAGCUCUAGUAACAGGACAGCUCUACUAACAGGACAGCUCUAGUAACAGGACAGCUCUAGUAACAGGACAGCUCUACUAACAGGACAGGUCUAGUAACAGGACAGCUCUAGUAACAGGACAGCUCUACUAACAGGACAGCUCUAGUAACAGGACAGCUCUAGUAACAGGACAGCUCUACUAACAGGACAGCUCUAGUAACAGGACAGCUCUACUAACAGGACAGCUCUAGUAACAGGACAGCUCUACUAACAGGACAGCUCUACUAACAGGACAGCUCUACUAACAGGACAGCUCUAGUAACAGGACAGCUCUAGUAACAGGACAGCUCUACUAACAGGACAGCUCUACUAACAGGACAGCUCUACUAACAGGACAGCUCUAGUAACAGGACAGCUCUAGUAACAGGACAGCUCUAGUAACAGGACAGCUCUAGUAACAGGGUCUAGUAACAGGACAGCUCUAGUAACAGGACAGCUCUAGUAACAGGACAGCUCUAGUAACAGGACAGCUCUAGUAACAGGACAGCUCUAGUAACAGGGUCUAGUAACAGGGUCUAGUAACAGGACAGCUCUAGUAACAGGACAGCUCUAGUAACAGGACAGCUCUAGUAACAGGACAGCUCUACUAACAGGACAGCUCUACUAACAGGACAGCUCUAGUAACAGGACAGCUCUACUAACAGGACAGCUCUAGUAACAGGACAGCUCUACUAACAGGACAGCUCUAGUAACAGGACAGCUCUACUAACAGGACAGCUCUAGUAACAGGACAGCUCUACUAACAGGACAGCUCUACUAACAGGACAGCUCUACUAACAGGACAGCUCUAGUAACAGGACAGCUCUACUAACAGGACAGCUCUAGUAACAGGACAGCUCUACUAACAGGACAGCUCUAGUAACAGGACAGCUCUACUAACAGGACAGCUCUAGUAACGUAACAGGACAGCUCUACUAACAGGACAGCUCUACUAACAGGACAGCUCUAGUAACAGGACAGCUCUACUACAGGACAGCUCUACUAACAGGACAGCUCUACUAACAGGACAGCUCUAGUAACAGGACAGCUCUAGUAACAGGACAGCUCUACUAACAGGACAGCUCUACUAACAGGGACAGCUCUACUAACAGGACAGCUCUAGUACAGGACAGCUCUAGUAACAGGACAGCUCUAGUACAGGACAGCUCUAGUAACAGGGUCUAGUAACAGGACAGCUCUAGUAACAGGACAGCUCUAGUAACAGGACAGCUCUAGUAACAGGACAGCUCUAGUAACAGGGUCUAGUAACAGGGUCUAGUAACAGGACAGCUCUACUAACAGGACAGCUCUAGUAACAGGACAGCUCUAGUAACAGGACAGCUCUAGUAACAGGACAGCUCUAGUAACAGGACAGCUCUAGUAACAGGACAGCUCUAGUAACAGGACAGCUCUACUAACAGGACAGCUCUAGUAACAGGACAGCUCUAGUAACAGGACAGCUCUAGUAACAGGACAGCUCUACUAACAGGACAGCUCUAGUAACAGGACAGCUCUAGUAACAGGACAGCUCUACUAACAGGACAGCUCUAGUAACAGGACAGCUCUAGUAACAGGACAGCUCUAGUAACAGGACAGCUCUAGUAACAGGGUCUAGUAACAGGGUCUAGUAACAGGACAGCUCUAGUAACAGGACAGCUCUAGUAACAGGGUCUACUAACAGGACAGCUCUAGUAACAGGACAGCUCUACUAACAGGGUCUAGUAACAGGACAGCUCUAGUAACAGGACAGCUCUACUAACAGGGUCUAGUAACAGGGUCUAGUAACAGGACAGCUCUACUAACAGGACAGCUCUAGUAACAGGACAGCUCUAGUAACAGGACAGCUCUAGUAACAGGGUCUAGUAACAGGGUCUAGUAACAGGACAGCUCUAGUAACAGGACAGCUCUACUAACAGGACAGCUCUAGUAACAGGACAGCUCUAGUAACAGGGUCUAGUAACAGGACAGCUCUAGUAGGGUCUAGUAACAGGACAGCUCUAGUAACAGGGUUGAAGAGCCCUGAUACAGGGUUACCUCUCAUUCCUUCACCAUGUCACCUCCCUGGCUGUUGAUCUGAUCUCAGUCUGUCCACCUCCAUGUGCUUCUCUCACACAGCCAAGCCAACCAAACUCUUCACGCCCUAACAACCGGUGUUCCUCAAGACAAAAUGUAAUACCUUUAGCACUCAGGUAAAUACUGUGCGAUGAUCUGGGCCAGCCUCGUUCUGCCAGGCCUGGAUAUACUACAACCAUAGAAAUAUAUUCUAUAGAACGGGCCUCCCCAUUCAUUCUACAGAUUGUAUUUCUAUGACUAGAACCUCCCUGUUUCUCACCUGUUUGCUGUGGACUGUAAUGUUGUUGUCAUCACCCUCUGUCAUGUUCCUUUAAAACAGCCCUUUACUUUAGAAAUAAACCAACUUCUGAGUAGAUUGACUUCCUUCCUCAGGGCUCUAUUCAACCCAUACUUGUUGCAUAGAUUUAUAUGCUAGCAAAGGUGGUGUUCCCAAACCCCAUCUUCCAUUAGAUAGACCAACCACUAAGUACUGUUCCCAAACCCCCUCUUCCAUUAGAUAGACCAACCACUAAGUACUGUUCCCAAACCCCCUCUUCCAUUGGAUAGACCAACCAACCACUAAGUAGUGUUCCCAAACCCCCUCUUCCAUUGGAUAGACCAACCACUAAGUAGUGUUCCCAAACCCCCUCUUCCAUUGGAUAGACCAACCGCUAAGUAGUGUUCCCAAACCCCCUCUUCCAUUGGAUAGACCAACCACUAAGUAGUGUUCCCAAACCCCCUCUUCCAUUAGAUAGACCAACCACUAAGUAGUGUUCCCAAACCCCCUCUUCCAUUGGAUAGACCAACCGCUAAGUAGUGUUCCCAAACCCCCUCUUCCAUUGGAUAGACCAACCACUAAGUAGUGUUCCCAAACCCCCUCUUCCAUUAGAUAGACCAACCACUAAGUAGUGUUCCCAAACCCCCUCUUCCAUUAGAUAGACCAACCACUAAGUAGUGUUCCCAAACCCCCUCUUCCAUUAGAUAGACCAACCAACCACUAAGUAGUGUUCCCAAACCCCCUCUUCCAUUAGAUAGACCAACCACUAAGUAGUGUUCCCAAACCCCCUCUUCCAUUGGAUAGACCAACCAACCACUAAGUAGUGUUCCCAAACCCCCUCUUCCAUUGGAUAGACCAACCACUAAGUAGUGUUCCCAAACCCCCUCUUCCAUUGGAUAGACCAACCGCUAAGUAGUGUUCCCAAACCCCCUCUUCCAUUGGAUAGACCAACCACUAAGUAGUGUUCCCAAACCCCCUCUUCCAUUAGAUAGACCAACCACUAAGUAGUGUUCCCAAACCCCCUCUUCCAUUAGAUAGACCAACCAACCACUAAGUAGUGUUCCCAAACCCCCUCUUCCAUUGGAUAGACCAACCGCUAAGUAGUGUUCCCAAACCCCCUCUUCCAUUGGAUAGACCAACCACUAAGUAGUGUUCCCAAACCCCCUCUUCCAUUAGAUAGACCAACCACUAAGUAGUGUUCCCAAACCCCCUCUUCCAUUAGAUAGACCAACCAACCACUAAGUAGUGUUCCCAAACCCCCUCUUCCAUUAGAUAGACCAACCAACCGCUAAGUAGUGUUCCCAAACCCCCUCUUCCAUUAGAUAGACCAACCACUAAGUAGUGUUCCCAAACCCCCUCUUCCAUUGGAUAGACCAACCACUAAGUAGUGUUCCCAAACCCCCUCUUCCAUUGGAUAGACCAACCACUAAGUAGUGUUCCCAAACCCCCUCUUCCAUUGGAUAGACCAACCACUAAGUAGUGUUCCCAAACCCCCUCUUCCAUUGGAUAGACCAACCACUAAGUAGUGUUCCCAAACCCCCUCUUCCAUUAGAUAGACCAACCACUAAGUAGUGUUCCCAAACCCCCUCUUCCAUUGGAUAGACCAACCACUAAGUAGUGUUCCCAAACCCCCUCUUCCAUUAGAUAGACCAACCACUAAGUAGUGUUCCCAAACCCCCUCUUCCAUUAGAUAGACCAACCGCUAAGUAGUGUUCCCAAACCCCCUCUUCCAUUAGAUAGACCAACCGCUAAGUAGUGUUCCCAAACCCCCUCUUCCAUUAGAUAGACCAACCACUAAGUAGUGUUCCCAAACCCCCUCUUCCAUUAGAUAGACCAACCACUAAGUAGUGUUCCCAAACCCCCUCUUCCAUUAGAUAGACCAACCAACCGCUAAGUAGUGUUCCCAAACCCCCUCUUCCAUUAGAUAGACCAACCACUAAGUAGUGUUCCCAAACCCCCUCUUCCAUUGGACAGACCAACCACUAAGUAGUGUUCCCAAACCCCCAUCUUCCAUUAGAUAGACCAACCACUAAGUAGUGUUCCCAAACCCCCUCUUCCAUUAGAUAGACCAACCACUAAGUAGUGUUCCCAAACCCCCUCUUCCAUUAGACAGACCAACCACUAAGUAGUGUUCCCAAACCCCCUCUUCCAUUGGACAGACCAACCACUAAGUAGUGUUCCCAAACCCCCAUCUUCCAUUAGAUAGACCAACCACUAAGUAGUGUUCCCAAACCCCCUCUUCCAUUAGAUAGACCAACCACUAAGUAGUGUUCCCAAACCCCCUCUUCCAUUGGAUAGACCAACCACUAAGUAGUGUUCCCAAACCCCCAUCUUCCAUUGGACAGACCAACCUCUAAGUAGUGUUCCCAAACCCCCUCUUCCAUUAGAUAGACCAACCACUAAGUAGUGUUCCCAAACCCCCUCUUCCAUUGGACAGACCAACCACUAAGUAGUGUUCCCAAACCCCCUCUUCCAUUGGACAGACCAACCACUAAGUAGUGUUCCCAAACCCCCUCUUCCAUUGGACAGACCAACCACUAAGUAGUGUUCCCAAACCCCCUCUUCCAUUGGACAGACCAACCACUAAGUAGUGUUCCCAAACCCCCAUCUUCCAUUAGAUAGACCAACCGCUAAGUAGUGUUCCCAAACCCCCUCUUCCAUUGGACAGACCAACCACUAAGUAGUGUUCCCAAACCCCCAUCUUCCAUUAGAUAGACCAACCGCUAAGUAGUGUUCCCAAACCCCCUCUUCCAUUAGAUAGACCAACCACUAAGUAGUGUUCCCAAACCCCCUCUUCCAUUAGAUAGACCAACCAACCGCUAAGUAGUGUUCCCAAACCCCCUCUUCCAUUGGACAGACCAACCACUAAGUAGUGUUCCCAAACCCCCUCUUCCAUUGGACAGACCAACCACUAAGUAGUGUUCCCAAACCCCCAUCUUCCAUUAGAUAGACCAACCGCUAAGUAGUGUUCCCAAACCCCCUCUUCCAUUGGACAGACCAACCACUAAGUAGUGUUCCCAAACCCCCAUCUUCCAUUAGAUAGACCAACCGCUAAGUAGUGUUCCCAAACCCCCUCUUCCAUUAGAUAGACCAACCACUAAGUAGUGUUCCCAAACCCCAUCUUCCAUUAGACAGACCAACCACUAAGUAGUGUUCCCAAACCCCCAUCUUCCAUUAGAUAGACCAACCGCUAAGUAGUGUUCCCAAACCCCCUCUUCCAUUAGACAGACCAACCACUAAGUAGUGUUCCCAAACCCCCAUCUUCCAUUAGAUAGACCAACCGCUAAGUAGUGUUCCCAAACCCCCUCUUCCAUUAGACAGACCAACCACUAAGUAGUGUUCCCAAACCCCCAUCUUCCAUUAGAUAGACCAACCACUAAGUAGUGUUCCCAAACCCCCUCUUCCAUUGGACAGACCAACCACUAAGUACUGUUCCCAAACCCCCAUCUUCCAUUAGAUAGACCAACCACUAAGUAGUGUUCCCAAACCCCCUCUUCCAUUGGACAGACCAACCACUAAGUAGUGUUCCCAAACCCCCUCUUCCAUUGGACAGACCAACCACUCAGUAGUGUUCCCAAACCCCCAUCUUCCAUUGGACAGACCAACCACUAAGUAGUGUUCCCAAACCCCCUCUUCCAUUGGACAGACCAACCACUAAGUACUGUUCCCAAACCCCCUCUUCCAUUGGACAGACCAACCACUAAGUAGUGUUCCCAAACCCCCUCUUCCAUUAGAUAGACCAACCACUCAGUAGAUCUAGAUGUAGACAAUAGUAGGAGGAGGUGUGUGGUUCAGGAAGCAUGACGUCACCUACAGGAAGUCUUUCAUUCACAUGGACAGUCUGCUUCUUGCUUGUUCAUCUCCAGAUUGACAGUGGUAGAUGUGUGUGUUAUCACUGUGUGAUGUGGUAGAGAGAGAGAACCAUUUAAAGUGUGUCUCUGGGUGAAGGAAGGACUUCUACUACUCUGCUGCCUGUCCUCGUCACUCAGUCACACAACACUAAAUGAAUGUUCAGCUCUGGGCUGCUUUGCUAUUGGCUGUCUGUCUACAGAUGACCUUUGACCCUGACCUCUAACCUCCCCCUCUCCCCCCAGAUACCCGCCGGGCGUGAUGGGCAUGGCUCCAGGGGGGAUGGUGCCAGGGGGGGGGGUACCAAUCACCCAUACCCUGCCAUCUGGUACGCACCCUUCCCAGGCCUCCUCGCCCAACCAGCCAGCCUCCAAACACUGUCACGGAGAGACCAGAGAGCACCUCACCGAGCAAUAG